AUGGGUGACGGAAAGAUUGGGAGCGCUGCCGUAGACGUCCUUCGGAGCUUCGCUGCCUCACUCGCAAUGAAUCGCAUGAUCAUCUACCAAAAACGCGUAAAGGGUCUUCUCUGGUCACUCGAUCAGAUUGGUGACAGCAGUCCUACUGGGUUGCGAUAUCUCCUGACUGUGGCAGCUGUUUGGCUUUACCUCAUUAUUCGAGUGGCCGUCGACGUUAGCGAGGUAUUGACUGAAGACGGCUUCAAAGCUUAUAUCAACAAGCAGCUGCUGCUACAGUCCGUUGACCCGUCCUGGAAGGUUGUAGUCUACGUUCUGGCAGUAGCGGACAUUGUUGUCCAGCGGCUGGUCCUUUCGGGGACGACGUCGUUCUUAAUGCUGUUCAUGUGUCAGUUGUCGUGGAUCGCAGUGUACAAGGCGAGGUCGUUCGACAGCGCUUUCGCUGCUGAAUUUAAUAGAGUUGGCCAGCAUGGACACAUCAUGAAGACUGAUCGAUUGCGUUGGUACCGUCUUCAGCAUGCUGAUCUCUGUCUAGCGAUUCAAGACAUGGACGACAUAUUCUCGCCGUUGCUGUUCCUGUGGCAUUCGAUGCUGGUACUGGGAUCUUGCGCGGAAGCGACACAUUUUCUGCAGCUCAACGUGUCCGAGGAAUUUGACUUUGCGGUCCCGGCACAGUGGCCCCUAUGGAUACAGCAGCUCGAAGAUUUUUCGUACGCGUCGGGUCUCUUCGCUGCGUCAGAAGAAGUAAAAGUUCGGACGCUACUGUACUGCAUGGGACAGCAGGCGCGAGUAGUGCUGAACUCGCUUACUUCGGACGAAAAAGUGCUCAAGACUUUUGAGCCUGUCAAGUCAACGUUUACAGACCAUUUCGUUCAUCCUGUAAACGAACUAUACGAGAGCUCAAAAUUCCACAAACGUGUCCAACUUCCCGGUGAGACGGUGGACUGCUUCUACUCGACAUUGCAGAACAUGCGAUGUGCCAUGUGCCAGCAGCGAUGCUGCAGCAUAAAUGUACCCUUAGACGCUCGUUUAUCGGACCAGCUGUGCCGUAACCCAGAGUUGACGUUGGCGGAGGUUCUUGUCCAAGCACGCCAACAAGAAGAUGCUGACAAGGAAAGGGCAAACCAAGGUCAACCUCAAGCUGUCAACAUCGACUCCGCAAGAACGAGGAGGAAAAAGAAACAAACCAAGCCACAAGAUAACGGAGGGGAACACGAAGAUAAGGCUACAUGUUCCUUUUGCGGCCGUGAACCACAUGCGCGCUCAGUGUGCCCGGCUAAGGCGGCGUUGUGUCGAUUGUGCCACAAGCGCGGACAUUUUGCCAUCGUAUGCAGAGCCAGAAGAAGCAAAAACCUAAACAGCAUCCAGCUAUUCGCCAUCAGCGCGUCCCGUAAAAAGGGGAAAUUCGUGGAAGUCUUUGUGGACGGUAUCCCCUUGCUGUUUAAAGUGGACUCUGGAGCCGAAGUAACUGUUAUUCCGAGUACUUUCGGCUGUAUUCUCGAGCAGUUGCAGGCACCCGACGGUGAUUUAGUAGAGCCAAGAAAUCACUCCCUACGCACAGACGGAACGUUUACAGCGACAUUGGCAUGGAAAGAGAAGGUGGUGACCCAGAAGAUAUACGUCGUCGAAGGUUUGGAGACUCCUCUUCUGGGAUUCCCUGCUAUCGAGGCCUUAGGUGUGGUAAAGUUCGUCGACCAGGUGGGAAGCUUCAAGAGGAAGUCAGGACGUGCCGUCUUACAUGUGCCAGUAACGGAAAGUGCGCAAAAGGCGGCCACGCCUUCUGUUCAUGAUACCGAACGUGGACCAUCCCGGUCGUCGGACAUCUUCAAGGGUCUGGGAACACUAAAAGAAGAGUACACCAUCAGGUUGCAACCAAACGCAGUGCCAUUUUCGUUGAGUGUGCCCAGACGGAUUCCUAUCCCCCUCAGAGACGUGGUUAAAACGGAACUGCAAAAGCUGGAAGCGCAGGGGGUCAUUCGCCGGGUUACACGCCCUACGCCGUGGUGUGCUGGAUUAGUGGUCGUGCCGAAGACAUCGGGAGGCUACCGACUUUGUGUGGACUUGACCAAACUUAAUGAAGUGGUGCAGAGGGAACGUCACAUUAUCCCUACGGUGGAGCAAGCACUAGGUCUUCUGGGCGAAGCUAAGGUCUUCUCGAAGUUAGAUGCAACCUCUGGCUUCCACCAGGUCAAGUUGGCUCCUGAGAGCCAGGAACUUACAACAUUCAUCACUCCCUUCGGUCGCUACUGCUACCAGCGCUUGCCGUUUGGAAUCACAUCCGCACCGGAAUUUUUUCAACGGGUGAUGGCUCAAGUAUUGGAGGGCCAAGAAGGGGUCGUCAAUAUGAUAGACGAUGUUUUAGUGUUCGGCAAGGACAGGAAGGAACACGACCGUCGCUUUGAGUCUGUUCUCAGUCGCCUGAGGAACGCCGGUUUAAGUUUGAACUCCGGGAAGUGUGUAUUUGGUAAGAGCAGUGUCAAAUUCCUGGGCGUUGUGGUCGACGAGAGAGGAAUUUCGCCGGACCCCGACAAAGUUGAAGCCAUCGUGAUCAUGAAACCGCCGGAGAGCGUAGCAGGUGUCAGACGAUUGCUUGGAAUGGCGAAUCACAUCGGAAGGUUUUUACCAAAUCGCUCUCAGGUGACUGCACCCAUUCGUGCAUUAUUGAACAAAAACAGCAUCUGGGUCUGGGGAGAUCAACAGCAACAGGCCUUUGACAAGCUGAAACAGAUGCUGGUAUACGACCGAUGUUUGGCCAGAUACAACCCUGCUUACCCUACGACAGUGUCAGCGGAUGCCAGUUCCGUUGGAAUAGGUGGAGUUCUUCUACAGGACCAGCCCAACGGUGAGCGACGUCCAGUUGCGUUCGCUUCAAGAUCAUUUACGGAAACCGAACAACGGUACGGACAGAUUGGGAAGGAAGCUCUGGCCAUGACAUGGGCUAUCAUACGAUUUGAAGAAUUCUUGCGAGGAUUAAAAUUCACCGUAGAGACAGAUCAUCAGCCGUUGAUAACACUGAUGGGUAAAGCCGACCUGGACCUUAUGCUUCCUCGCAUACAGCGUUUUCGUAUCAAGUUGAUGCGAUUUCAGUUUAUGGUGGUCUAUGUUCCAGGACGACUGCUUGCAACGGCUGACACGCUUUCUCGUGCACCUGAUCCAAGAACAACCAUGAAUGAUCGUGAGGCACAUGGGGUUGAACUCUAUGUGGCGGGCAUCGUGGAAAGCAUUCCAGAGGAUACGUGCGUGAGCACAACGGAACUAAAACGAUGCCAGGCUUUGGACAGUGAAUGCGUUCUGCUGUCAAGAUAUUGUAAGCAAGGUUGGCCAAAGCAAAACAAACUUCCACCGCAGGUACAGGAGUACCGCAAGUACCUGGGAGAGCUUUCAGUAUGUAAUGACUUGCUGAUGCGAGGUAACUGCAUCGUAGUCCCAACAUCGCUUCGUGAGAAGAUUCUCCAAGUCCUGCAUGAGGGGGGCAUCAAGGCAUUAAACGAUGCAAGGCACGAGCAAGGGAGAGCGUCUGGUGGCCUUCUCUGGGGAAGCACAUUGCAAGACCUUUUUGGGAGACUGCAGAUGUCCAUGGACAUCUUUUACUUGUCGUCGACGUUCGCCUUAGUGUCCUACUCCACAUCGACGGUGUGCGAGGCAUCCGACCGUUCGCUUCCGACUGCAGCAACCCUCACGAAUGCGGACGAGGCUCCCAUAAGCGACCCGUACUUCACCGGGCAGAGUCUUCUCCUCCUGUCGCAGAUGGCAGUCCAAGGUGUCUCGCUGACUGCGUGGAAGUUUUAUGACAUGAACCGAGCCGCUCUGGUGACGACAGGAGGAGCGGUGGCCACCUAUGUUGUGGUCGUCAUACAAAUGGCUCCGAGUCUUCUCAAGGCCAAAGCAGAAUAA